GAAAUUCAUAACGGGGUUAUGCAAACCCUUUCUCCACCGUUGCUUCACGGUUUCGUGCUAUAUAACUCCUCCGCCGUAGCCACGGCCCACCUGACACAACUCUCCUGGGCGGAUCGCUUUCCUCCGCAGUCCACAUACUAGAUCGGCGAUACGAUUCAGGAUUCAGGUAUAGUAUGGAGACCACACACACCAACUUGAACUUGAAACCAGUUCGACCAGGUGAACCAGAGCUCGACCUAUACACCAUUCCCAUCCAAUCCAGUUGGUUUGCUUGGGACGAUAUCCACGAGACCGAAAAAGUCGCUCUGAGAGAGUUCUUUGAUGGCAGUUCAAUCUCAAGAACGCCAAGAAUCUACAAGGAGUAUAGGGACUUCAUCAUCAACAAGUACAGAGAGGAUUCCUCACGGAGGCUCACCUUCACAGAGGUCCGGAAGUCACUGGUGGCUGAUGUUAGCUUGCUUAACAAAGUGUUUAAGUUCCUGGAGCAGUGGGGGUUAAUCAAUUUUGGUGUAUCCAUUGGUAAUGAUGGUGAUCCGGUCAUGGAGGUUGAGGAAAGGGGAAGGGUUAGGGUUGAGGAUGGUACUCCCAAUGGGGUUCGUGUGGUGGCAAUGCCAAAUUCGUUGAAGCCAAUUUCUGUGCCACGUAGUGUCGAGGGGAGACAGGUGGUUGAUAAUAUACAGAAAUUGCCGCCGUUGGCAUCCUAUGCUGAUACUUUUGGUGAUUUGGUUAAGAGAAAGGGUUUGGUUUGCAGGAACUGUGGAGAAUGUUGUGGUUCUGGUUGUUAUGAGGGUACGAAGGAUCAUUACAUGAUAUGCACAAAAUGCUUCAAUAAUGGAAAUUUUGGGGAGAACAAAUCUGUGGAUGAUUUCAAGUUCAUUAACUGCAGUGAAAACAGUGGUGACAAUAAAGUUGCUUGGACAGAGGCAGAAACUUUACUUCUUUUAGAAUCUGUUUUGAAGCAUGGGGAUAACUGGGAGCUAGUUGCACAAAACGUUCAAACAAAGACUAAGCUUGAUUGUAUUGAGAAGCUCAUUGAGCUUCCUUUUGGGGAAUUUAUGUUGAGCUCUGCCCAGCAAAGGGGUAACUUUGGUGGCUUUAAUGGUGAUGCUAACAGGCUAAACCGGUUGGAAUUAACUCCAUCUCACCAUCAACAGAAUAUUAGAACAGAAGCUCAACAACUUGUGGAAACAAAUGAGAGUGAGCAGAAUGGGAAUGAUGUUGAACUGGGGUCUCCUCCUUCCAAAAGACAAUGUGUUGCUUUACCUUCAGAUGCUAACAGUUCACUGAUGAAACAGGUAGCUCGCAUCUCCACGAUGGUUAGUUCACAUGUCACAGCAGCUGCGGCUGAGGCUGCUGUGACUGCACUUUGUGAGGAAAGCUCAUUUCCAAGGGAAAUCUUUGAUGGUGAGGAGUAUAAUGCAACCAAUGGUCUGCAAUCUCCGACUCUGCAUUACGAGUCAGCGAGUGCCCAUCAGGUUGAUGGUUCAGAAAUGAAAGACGAGCUUACUUUAUCAGAAAAUCUGGACACUUCUGCCAAAAAUGACGUACCUCUAACAUUGCGACUUAGAGCUGCGACUGCAACAGCUCUUGGAGCAGCUGCUGCUCAUGCUAAACUGUUGGCCGAUCAAGAACAGAGAGAGAUGGAGAAUUUACUGGCAACAAUAAUGGAGACACAGAUGAAGAAAGUGCACCGCAAAAUAAGACAUUUUGAAGAUCUGGAGCUAAUUAUGGAGAAACAAUAUGCUGAAAUGGAGGAACAAAAAGAGUGUAUAAUUGGGGAGCGGAUUGAUGUACUACGGAAGACAUUUAAUUCCGGAAUGUCCAAAUGGAAAAGCUCAUAAUUGAAGUGUAUGUUGAUGGAAUUCUAGAAUGAUUCAUUUAGAAGAUGAAAAACUUAGAAAUGUAGUGGAUUUAACAUGGAAUUGUAGGAUUCAAAUGCACAUCUCUGGUCAUGUAUGUAUAAGAGGUGUUCUAUAUUUUUUUCUGUAGCUGCUAUUAGAUUCGGUUUUGGUCUCUCUCA